AUGGCAGAGGGCAAGAAUCACCACCUUCUGAAGCUCUGGAAGGUCUGCGUGCGCAUCUACAACUGCACGCCGCAGCAGCUCAUUUCAAGGGCCAAUCACCUCGUUUUCGACACCGUCAACAACCAUACAUUUGGGUACCUUAACUCGAACGGCGUCUUGAAGAGAAGACGCACGUCAGCGUGGUCGGUGGGCUUCUGCGACUCGCUCACUCAGCUGAUUUUCCACCCUCUAUUCCAGCGCAACGCCAAGCUCAUCGUGGUUGCACUGCAGUACGCAGUCAUGCUCAGGGUGAGAGAGCUCCAGGACUGGCCACUGACAAACCCGACUGGGGAAGACUUUUUCGACGCGCUCAUGGAUGUCAUUCACGACAAUCGCGGUCUCAACAAGGACCCUUCCAUCCUGAGACGGAAGGCCGUGGCCCUUCUCAUGGCCGAUGGACAAUCGCCACCUCUCUUUGAGAAGUUCAUGCGCCGCCUCGAGAAGAGCGUCGACAGCUCUGAAUCCCUUAUCGAGUGCCUUGGGAGCGUGCAGAGCCGGCCGUACGCAGUCAACGCCAAGGACCUGUCCAACAUCAGGAACGCGCUGGACGGUAUGACGCACGCGGGGAUGCCGCUGUGGGCGCUGACCGUCAAGCUCUACGACGCCUACGCGACAAAGGGUAGAAGCAGCGAGGACGAGGUGCCCAAGGGCAAACAACUCAGCGAAUACCUCGAGCGCGAUGUCCUCGCUACACGUCGGUGGAAGGCAAGAGAACAGAACCGACAGCAACGGCUCGCUGAAAUGCCCCACGCCGCCUCUCCCAGUCUUCCGAAGCGCUUUCUGUCGUAUUCCAGCGCCAAGAAGCUCCGCAAUAAUCAACAACAGACAAACGAGAAUCUGAGGGAUGAGGCCCGCAGACUCAGGGCCGAGCUUGAUGAGCUGCGUGAGGAGAAUGAACGCCAUCAUCGCGAGCUACAGGAGCUUCGUGAGAGGGAGGCUGCUUGGGAGAUGGAGGAGCUUCGCGAGAGGGAGUGUUCUCGUGAGAGGGAGUGUUCUCGUGAGAUGGAACUGCUAAAUUGGAAUGGCUCGACCAACAUGCGAAGUCCCAGCUUGUCUGCGCUCCCGGACUGCUCUUCUCCGGUGGAGAACAAUACCGCCGAGCCCACGCGUCUUGAAAUUCUCCAGGAAUCCAGGAAGCUUAUACGCAAAGCGGCAGCCAAGCACGAGUAUCCCGCCUACCAGCCUCAUGCACCCGCUUGA